CUCUAAGCACCUCCCAGGCGUCUUCCUGCCUUGAUUCUGUUUUGGGAAGCUCCGAGUCAGCCUCUCUCCUCCGGCUGUCCUUUACGGGGUAGCGACGCUUACCCAGCUAGCUUGGCCCAGCCCGCCAACCACACCUCAGUAACGGGCUUCCACGCCUUCGCCGCUCGCCGAGCCCGCGCCCGACAGGCGACCAGGAGGGGAAUCCGCGAGGAAAGCCAGCCGACACCGUCGCCUCUUGCACGCCCCGAAGGGGUCUUUCCGUCCCGGUACCAUGGAGUCCCCCAGCAGCUCCAAAGGGUGCAUGGACCAGUUCUGCACGUUCCUGCGGUCUCACAAGGGAAUUAUUCUCGCCGCGGAAAUACUUGGGUGUAUCAUCAUCCUGAUCCUCUAUGGAGCCUCAUAUUCACCUGGCUUCUCAUCUUUGGCCAUCUUUAUGAUGAUUUACUGUAUUGUUAUAUUCAUCCUCUUCACCUGUAACAUACAGCAGCAGCUGACCUUAAUCCACUGGGGAUGGACAGAUUUCAUCAGGGCUCUUAUAGGAGCUGUUGCCUUCCUCAUCACCUCCCUUGUUGUCCUCGUAAGGCACCGAGAUGGAGCUGGCAUUGCUGGCGGGGUGUUUGGAAUCCUGACGGGAAUCCUCUUUGGCUAUGAUGCCUACACCAUUGUACCAAACCUCAGGAAGUCGCAUACAGCUGCUCCCACUGGACCUGCAGAUGGAAUCUGAGGAUGCCGUCUCUAUUCCACGCUGGGACAAAGCACCACCACACUGGACUCCUCUUUUCUAGCCUCCUCUAUGAGAAGCUGCCUCAGCCGAUCAGUCAUGCAACUUCAAUCUCUCUCUCUCUGCCUUGGAUGCCUCGGUUUGGGUCGCCAACCUUCCGAUUAUUCUUCUCCCCUAAUCGCCACCAAUUUCUGACUCUCUCUUAACAGUGGGAAGGAAAGCAGCUUCAGGCACCUUAUGGAAAGAAGCAUGGAUUUCAACAAAUGGGUUUACAGAUAUAUAGGUUUGUGUAUUUGGGAAACUUGUUUCAUUUAGGGAAUAAAUCACCUUAGAGUUUGAUAAGAUGGAAAUGAGAAAAUAGGAUGUCUAGAUUCUGUCUCUGCUGUUAGAGCAGUGGUUUUUUUGUCGUAGAACUCACUGAAACGGAGUUCUGGCACCUUUUUUCAACAGAUUUUCCAAGUUUUAAAAGUAACUUUUGAAAAGCU